AUGCCCAAAGAUCCUGCCCCAUCCUUUGACACCUCUGUCAAUGGCGAACGAGCACCGCCAGAGCCCUCGAGGAAACGAGUUUCCGAGGUGUACAAGCGUGUGGCGAUCAAGUUCAACACGAAAGAGGAACCAGGCGUCCCCGUUUUUCAGUUGGGGAUACCGUUUAAAGGCGUGGUAAGCAUGGCCGAACUAGAUUGGAACGGCGACAUGGCUGCCCAUCUCAAGGCCCUCCGGCUCCUCAAGCACUGCCGCACGCUCGACAUCAUCCUCGAUACAUGGAAAUUGCCGCCACAGUUCAAGGAAAAAGGGCAGUUCCACGAGCUCGAGACCGCGCUCGCCUCUGUAACCGGAGUUCACAUCAACAACGGCGCGGAAAUACCUUUCAACCUUCCCAAACUAAAACGCCUGGUCCGUUCAUUCACUAUCCCAGAAUCAUUCCAAGAGGAGUCCAAGAAGAAGGCAUUUUACGAAUUCGAGCGCGCGCCGCUUCCCUCCACUGUCAGGACCGUAGCCUACAUGAUCCACUUCUCGAAGGGUGUCUUGGACCGCAAACCAGCCAUCUCAGCUUUGGGGUUACGGGACUCCCCGGGCGUAAAGCAGGUCUACUUCCAGUUCGACGGCGAUACCCCGCCACCAUCGAGUGGUACUUUUGUCAAGGGUGGCACAGUCCCGCGGUUGCUCUUCUUCUUGAUGGGGAGCAUUGCACCCCGAAUCGGAAAGAUGAACACGACAUUUUUAUGGAGGGACCGUACCAACGCGCCUGAAGACUUCUACUGCACCCCUGGUUGCUCCGGCUUCGGCCCGUGCCAGAGCUGCGGCAAGCCAGGGGGCCCCGAGGACUUCUCACCCGAUUCCGCGUUCGUGCGCAGCGGUCUGAUAGUCCUCACCGCCUCGGUCGAGUGGUUCCGACGAGAUCCAAACGGUUGGACCGCAUGGGACACAGGCGAGUUCUUCAAUGACGGCCCAUUACCUCCAGGCGCAACGGACGAAGAGCUGGGCAACACUUGGAUGAAGCGAAUCACCAGCUCGUGGGGCACCGUUGAGGCUGCUGCACGUACCCAGAAACUGGACAUUCGGAGUUUCAGCGGCUUUCAGGAGGCCAAAGAAGAACGCCUAAUGCCUUGGCCUGCCAUGGAAGGGUACUUGUAG